CAGCUGCGGGUCUUACGAUAAGGCUUAAGCUCCGCCAAACAAUUUUCCAAAAUCAACCCCAAAAUCAACCGGUUUAUCACCAGCAUCCCCCUCACAGCAUCAAACCGUCGCCAUAAUGCCGAAAAAGUCGAAAUUAUUAGCCACCGAAAUCUCCGGCUACACAGUCCUCCCACUACGACUCCCACCCCUUCCUUCCUUCCCUGACCCGGUCACGCACUACUUGUACCUUCGCCCGCAUGACCCGCGCAUCCCAGACCCAGACGCUGCUCGCUCGCUGUUCCUCGUUAAUAUCCCCAUCGACACAACCGAGACGCACCUGCGCCAUCUUUUUACAAGCCAGUUAUCGGCGGGCCGCGUCGAAAAAGUGCAGUUUGAGGGUGCGCUGGGGGGGUUAACGAAACUUGCAACGACGACAACUCUGCAAGAUGGCCAUUCUCAGAACAAGAAUAAGAAGCGCAAACGACAAGCACCAACUGCAAUCGAACUGCAGACACAGCUAGAAACCUUCUCGCUGCCGUCGACAUGGGAUCGCGAGUUACACGCCAGCGGAUCUCACGCUAUCGUUACGUUCGUUGAUAAAUCGGCGAUGGAGGCGAGUUACAAAGCUGCGAAAAACGCAAGUAAGGCUGGCUCGAGCAAAAACGAAGAAACAACAAAAAUUAUUUGGGGUGAGGGGAUUGAGCAUAGACUCCCGGCACUGGGGGCCACGCGCUACAGAACACAUCUCAAGCUCAUAUAUCCUCCUACAGACGAGUUAUUAGCAACGGUGAAUGAGUACAUGGCGACAUUCACGGAGGUCGAGGCGACGCGAGCGGCGGAGGAAGCGCGGCGAUUGCAGGAGCCGGAUGAAGAUGGGUUUGUGACUGUGACGCGGGGUCCCAGACUCACGGAUAUUGCGAGGGAGGAGGAAGUGCGCGAGUUGGUGGAGAAACAGAAGAGGCGCGAGGAAGGACUUGGAGACUUUUAUCGGUUCCAGAUGAGAGAGAAGCGCAAGGAGAGGCAGAAUGAGUUGUUGCGGAGAUUCGAUGAGGAUAAGAGGAAGAUUGCGGAGUUGAAGAGGCGGAAGGGGCGGAUUAUGCCUGAGGGUGUGUGAUUGGUGCUGUCUACGCAUUUUCGGCGUUGCGUGAGUGUAUUCUUGUAAGGCUGGCCCGGCGUUGCUUCGGGAUGUGGUAUACGACUACAUGGAAUUGAAUAAAAGCGGUUUGAUCUGUAUAUAGUAUAAUAGACAAUGGAGGGGCAUUCUAGCAUAUUCAUUCGUAAAUUUCUCUCUACACAUCUACACAAAAGUAUCUAUGGAGGGUGAGCGGCAACUUUAGUCGACCCCACCGCGACUGUUAUGUCAUCACCAUGUGGCAUGAGAAUCAACACACAAUUCUGG